UUGAACAGGCAAUUUAUUCAUAUUACAAUCCUGUCUGAAUUAAUUUACAUUGAGAAAUUUAUUCAUUUGUCCUAAUUAAUUUAUUGAGACAACAAAUGUUUGUUUGUGAAUUGCAGACAAAACUUAUUAGGGGUUCUGAGUUUGUCCAUGAGACACUAAGCGAAUACACAACUCUUGAUGAGCUUUGGGAUGGAGUGAUCAUCUGAGGAUUGCUGAUCAAUUGCAUAAAAUAAAGAAUUGUUGGAUUUUCGUUUUAUUCAUAAAAAAAAAAAAAAAAAAUACCAAAAUGUUGGCAUGUAUGAUAGGACAUAUAUAUUGUCAAUAUUUUUUGUUUAAAUCAUCAAAAUAAUUUUUAAAUUAAACUUUGAUAAAAAAUAUAUUGGUAAUAUUAAAUUACAAUUAUUUUGUUUUGUACAAGAUAAAAUAAAAAAUUAUAUAAAAUUAAUCGUCGCCUGAGAGAUUCGAACUCUCGCGGGGAAACCCCAUGUACUUAGCAGGCACACGCCUUAACCACUCGGCCAAAGCGACGAGUGCAUUUUCAUUUCUGAAACUAUAUAAAUAUUAAUAAAAUAACAAUAAUCUUUACGUAAUCAUUAUCUAAAUGGAUGGUAGAAUCUUUAGCUACGCGAAGAUCGAAUCAUUUAUAUACUUGUUUUACAAGAAAGAAGCUUCUUCUUGGUUGUGAAUGCAAAACCCUAAAAACCCUAGACCUCAAUACUUUAAAAUAAACAACCAAUUAUUAUAACUCCCAUAGACGAAGCAAUGGCUAUGUCUUAUAUGAUUAGCAGAGCUUCUUCUGCGGUUAUUUCCCGUGCAAUUCGUCCAAUUGCAUCGUCAAAAACCAUGUCCGCUGCAUCCAUCAACAACGCAAUCUUCAGCGGCACCAGCAAUUUCUGUACGGACUCCAAAAAGAAGCUGCUCAACGAAAAAAUCCUCACAGCCUUGAAAUCUGAAAUCGAAUCGGAGGAGAAACAUCAACAUAUGCACGUGCUCCCGGUCCCCCCGCCCGAUUUCCCCUUCACAAUGGAACACGGUUAUUUCUGCGGUAACGAGAGGAUCACCCUGAAAAGGGAUUUCAACGGAGAGAAAAUCGAGUUCGUCGCCAAUCAUUUCUACGACCACGAAGAAGACUUCGACGGCGACGUAAUAACAUGGGAACACUCAAGAUCCAAUGCUUCUCCGGUGUCGUCUGUUGACGUGGAGGCGAGAAUAUCGAAACCGAGCGGACGAAUGAUUAGCCUUCAUGUUUCUGCUGAUACGGACGAUGUUUCGCCUCAUGAAAUUUCCGUGGGGGAGGAAUCUGCCCCGGAAGAACUUCUUGGAUCCUACUCCUUGAGUGUGGAUGAAGAAGAUGAAAUGGCAAAUGGUAUGAAAGAGUAUGUUGAAAUAAGAGGGCUUAAGAAAAGUAAUGUUCCAUUCCUUGUCAAGUACAUGGCCGCCAAAUCCAGACGCCGCCAUCUGCUUGUGCUGCAGAAAAUGAUGGAUUUUAUCCAACAGUGCAAAUAAUUAAUUUGGCACAAUUUUU